AGUCUUAUAAUGGAAAUUCUACUUUCUAUCUAACAGGGUGUUUCCAAAAGUGAAUAAUUAUCACCUUGGAAACCCAGAAAUGGACCAACCAACGUAUCUUAAUGUGAUUAUUUGGAUCAACAUCCGUGUUUGUCUUCCCUUCACUUUCCUGCUCAUCACUUUGUGCUGCCUCGUGAGAUUGGAUCGUGUUCCUGUCUCCUACUACAUGAAUCUUCUCUUUUCUAAUCUAACUCAGCUAAUCAUUCUGAUCGCUUUUCCUCCAAAUUUUCCCUAUUAUUUGGGAUAUUUUGCUUCCUUCAUUAUUUACGCCUGCUGUGCUCUGGCCAGUCUUUGCUUCAGGACGAUGAUUGCUCUGGAGAGGUGUUGUUCCAUCUCCUGCCCGUCAUCAAGCUGCAUCACUCAGACUAAAGGUUUUGUGAUAGUCACUGUUUUUGUUUGGGUGUUUUGUUUGGUGUUUGUCCCUCUUUUUGUCUUACUGAGACAGGAAUACUCCUGCCUAAUUUUUGCCCUCCUGCCUGCCCCUGUGCUACUUACCUGUUUAGUUGUAGCCCUCAAACAUUUAUGUGGCAACAUGUCAGUGCCAGCUGAAGAAAAUCGCAGAACUGUAGGAAUUUUAGUUAUAUUGCUCAUUCAUUACUCUGUGGCAGUCUUCCCAAUAGUUAUUUCUUCUUUUGGUUUUCAGCCAUACUCAGACAGAUUUAAAGUACCAGACAUUUAUUUGACCUUGUUUCUCCUGGGUUAUUUCCUCGACCUGCUGCUGUUUGUGGUGAUGUGUAAAGGACUCAUUGAGAAGCUGCUGAAAUGUCUCUGCUGCUGCUGCAGGACGGAAAACGUUGAGCGAAAGGAUGACAGCAGAUCAUCGGUUUGACUGUCGCACAGGCUGGAGAGGAAUGCAGAAAAAUGCAGCAUAGCUUGUAUUAGAAGCAAUAAUUAUAUAGCAGACAUGCUUUUUUUUUUUUUUUACAAAAAUAACUGGAUAAAAUAGUAUAGCAACUGUAAACCUACUUACCUGAUCAGAGUGUGAAUAUUUGAAAACUGAAUGUAGUGUGAAGGCCAUACAUGUACACUCCAUUUACCAUCUUCAGUUUUUCAUGUU